AUGACACGAUAUUCAUACCGGAUUGCAGUGGUAGCCGCAAUCUUACCAUCAACGUGGUGUGCGACUGUUGAUCUGCUAAUUCACUUUCGCAAUAGUUAUGCAUCAGUGGAAGUAGAUAUCGGGACACCUUCUCAAACACAUUUCCUUCAUUUCGAUACCGGUUCAUCAUCCACAUGGGUCGUUGACCAGAACUGCGCAACAACUUGUCCGAAUGGAAGCGGGUUUGACCGGCAAGGCUACAACAUUUCUGCCUCUUCGACUGGCACGUCUCUAGGGGCUUAUGGAAGCAUUGAUUACUUCGGAGGAAAGACCGCCGGCCCAGGAGUAGCCGAUACUUUCAACCUCCCGGCUGGGACGCAGGGGGACAUCGGGUUAACGUGGAACCAGACAUUCCUAGCUGCGAAUGAAACCUCCUGGCGAUUCAUCUCUGCAGAUGGGUUCUUGGGAUUAGCCUUUAGCACUAUUGCUGUCGCGAACACCACGACCGUGGUCGAGACCCUCAUGCAGCAGGGUCACCUUGACGAGCCCCGCUUUGCGAUCUACUAUGGAAAAGAGUUCAAGGAUACCGGUACAAACCCGGAAGGUGUUUUCACAAUCGGCGGCUCGAAGGAGGAGCAGUAUGUCGAUGGUGACUUGACAUAUGUUCCAUUGGCAUUGGAAAAAGAGUACCAGGUGUGGCGCACCACUCUCUCGUCGAUUACCGGGUCAAGCAAUGCAGGCAAAAGGCAAGCCACAAGUAAGAUUCAUGGAGGUAGGGCAGUGUUCGACACGGGAGCUGGAGCACUACAGGUACCGUCCAAUGCCAUUUCAGAGCUUUACACAUCAAUUGGCAUGAACUGGACUGCCAUUAGUCAAGAUGGCUAUAUACCCCUAUGCAGGGACUUCAACUCGAGCUGGUCUGUUACUUUCCAUUUCGGGGACUCCGAAGCAGACCCCAGGUUGACUUUAACCGGCGAUCAAUUGGCCCAGCCUGGGUUUGCCGACAGGAAGGAUGCAUGCAAUCCACCCUUCGAUGACAGCGGGAGUAAUGAUUUUGCCCUUCUCGGCACGCCUUUACUUCAACAUUUCUAUACUGUGUGGGAUUUUGGAGCUGCUGCGGUGACGGACUAUCGUCCUCGCAUUGGAUUUGGAAAGCUGAAAGCGGGAAUGCGGCCGUGA